CGGACGGGGGGGAGCGAGUGAGGCACUGGCAUCGAGGAGCAGCUUUGGACGGGGUAUAUAGGAUUAUAAUCUGGAUACCUUUCUCAGUGCUUCACAGAGGAAUACUUUUGCGUGGAAUACUUUUUAGGAACAUUAAGAAGAUGUACAUUAAGUCAAUUGUUCUUGAAGGUUUUAAAUCCUAUGCUCAGAGGACGGAAAUUAAUGACUUUGACCAGUUAUUCAAUGCCAUUACUGGCUUGAAUGGUAGUGGCAAAUCCAAUAUCUUGGACUCCAUCUGUUUUGUGCUGGGAAUCAACAAUCUGUCACAGGUGCGAGCUUCCAACUUGCACGAUCUAGUUUAUAAGAGUGGGCAAGCUGGAAUUACAAAGGCAACCGUGUCUAUUAACUUUGAUAAUUCAAACAAAAGUCAAAGUCCACUGGGAUUUGAAGCUAAUGAUGAGAUCACUGUGACUAGGCAGGUUGUUGUGGGAGGUAGAAGUAAGUAUCUUAUCAAUGGUGUAAAUGCUGCCAACAGUCAUGUGCAGGAUCUCUUCUGUUCCGUUGGACUCAAUGUCAAUAAUCCUCACUUCCUCAUUAUGCAGGGACAAAUUACCAAAGUUUUAAAUAUGAAGCCACCAGAGAUUUUAGCUAUGAUUGAAGAAGCAGCUGGAACUAGGAUGUAUGAGUGCAAGAAAAUAACUGUCCAGAAAACCAUAGAGAAGAAGGAAUCCAAACUGAAAAACAUUCAAAUGGUCUUAAAUGAGGAGAUCAGUCCAACUUUACAGAAACUGAAAGAGGAACGAGCAUCCUACCUAGAAUACCAAAAAAUAGUACGAGAAGUAGAACAUUUAAGCCGUUUUUGUGUAGCUUAUCAGUUUGUUCUGGCUGAAGAAACAAAGGUAUCCUCCACUGAUACGCUGAAGGAAAUGCAAUCUAAUGUCAAGAAGUUUCAGGAAUCAAGGGCUGAAAUUGAACAGAAGUUAAAACAGCUUAAUGAAGACAUAGUGGAUAUGGAAAAGGAAAAGGAUAAGGAAGUUGGUGGUAAACUCCAUGAACUAGAAGCUACUCUUUCAGCAAAUCAAAGAGUUAAUACAAAAGCACAAAGUGCUCUUGAUCUCAAGAAGCAAAACUUAAAAGGUGAAGAGGUUAAGCAUAAGGAAUUGGUAACACGUAUGCAGAAGGAUUCUAAAGCAUUAGUGUCAAAGGAGAAAGAAGUAAAGAAUCUAGAGAAAGAACUAAAUGUUUUAUUGGAAGAAAGUGAAAAAGAUGCACAUGCUUUAGCUGCAGCACAACAGCAUUUUAAUGCUGUAUCUGCUGGCCUGUCCAGCAAUAAGGAUGGUGAAGAAGCUACUCUUUCAGGACAGAUGAUGAUCUGCAAAAAUGAAAUUAGCCAAGCACUAACAGAUGCUAAACAGGCUCAAAUGAAAUUGAAUUAUGCACAAAAAGAAUUAAAGGCAAAAGAAGCUGAAGUUAAAAAGAUGGAUGAAGGCUACAAGAAAGACCGAAAUACAUUUGAAGCUGUCGAAAAAAUGAAAAUAACCCUAGAGAAGCAAAUGAAGGAGCUGAACUAUUCAGAAGAAAAAGGAGAAGCCCUCCUAGCAAAAAAGAAGGCAUUGAUUUCUGAUAUCAGCCGGCUAAGAGAACUGAGUGAAAAUUUAAUGGCAAAAUUUCCUCAUCUACAGUUUACAUACAAACAUCCAGAAAAAAAUUGGAAUCCAAACCAUGUGAAAGGCCCUGUUGUGUCUCUUAUCACCGUGAAAGAUCUAUCCAAUGCCAAAGCCCUGGAAGCGGUGGCUGGAGGGAAACUCUAUAACAUUAUUGUGGACACAGAAGUUACUGGCAAAAAGCUUUUAGAGAAGGGUGAACUAAAGCAUCGAUACACCAUCAUUCCCUUAAACAAAAUUUCAGCCAGGUGUGUUCAAGAAGACAUAGUCAAGUUGGCCCAAAGCCUGGCUGGGCAUGCUAACUUGCAUUUAGCCCUUUCUCUAAUUGGAUACGAAUCUGAACUGCAGAAAGCAAUGGAAUACGUCUUUGGAACAACACUGGUCUGUAAUAACAUGGAUAAUGCUAAGAAAGUGACUUUCGACAAAAGGAUAAUGACACGAAGUGUUACUCUUGAUGGAGAUGUGUUUGAUCCCCAAGGAACUCUGCAUGGAGGUGCAUCCUCACAGGCUGCACCAAUAUUGUCUAAACUUCAAGAAAUGAAAGAUGUUGAAAUAGAACUCAAGAAAAAGGAAUCUGAACUUGGAGCUGUAGAGAAGGAGUUGGCAAGCUUGAAGACGGUUGCUGAAAGGUAUCAGCAACUGAAGCAGCAAUGGGAGAUGAAGUCUGAGGAAGCAGAGCUACUGCACAAGAGGCUUUGUCAAAGUGCUUACCACAAACAAGAGGAAGAGCUGAUUGCCCUGAAGAAAACCAUUGCAUCUUGUGAAGAGACAUUAAACAAAACUGAAGAGACCAAAAAGAAAGCAGAAAAAAAAUACAAGGAAUUAGAGAAUAAAAUCAAAAAUGCAGAAGCAGAAUGUCUAAAAGAGCGGAAAAAUGCGGAGCAGAAACUAGACAAUGCCAAGAAAAAGGCAGACGCUUCAAGCAAAAAAAUAAAAGACAUGCAGCAGGAAGUCAAAGCUUUAGUUCUGGAACUUGAAGAACUGAAACAAGAGCAGGCCUCCUAUAAACAACAGAUAACAGCUGCAGAGGAAGCAAUCAAAUCCUACCAGGAUCAAAUUGAUGCUCUGGUGGCUGAAGUGGCUAAAACAGAGGAAUCUGUAGAGAAAGCACAGAAGGAGCUUGCCAAGCAAAAGGAAGUAAUUGCAUUACAUGAUAAUGCAAUUAAAGAUAAAUCUGCAGAGAUGGUAAAAUACAGAGAACAAAAUAAUGAAUUACAGCUUAAGGUUAAAGAAUUAGAACACAGCAUCACCAAACGUCAACAAGAGGCUGCUGAUGCUGGUGCCAAGGUGGCCAAAAUGUUGAAAGAAUAUAAGUGGAUAGCUUCAGACAAACCACUCUUUGGCCAGCCAAACACAGCCUAUGAUUUCAAAAGUUGCAACCCUAAAGAAGCAAGUGAGAAGCUGCAGAAAUUGCAGGAGCAUAAAGAGAAGAUGGGAAGGAAUGUGAACAUGAGAGCUAUGAACAUGCUUUCUGAUGCAGAGGAAAGGUACAAUGACUUAAUGAAGAAAAAAAGAAUUGUAGAGAAUGACAAGAUAAAAAUUCUCGCAGUUAUUGAAGAGCUUGACAUGAAGAAAAAACAAGCUUUAGAUAUUGCUUGGAAAAAGGUCAAUGAAGACUUUGGUUCCAUUUUCUCAACACUCCUACCUGGAGCCAGAGCUAUGCUAGCACCCUGUAAAAGUAACAAUGUCUUUGUUGGUAUGGAGUUCAGAGUUGGCUUAGGAAAGACCUGGAAGGAAAACUUAACAGAACUUAGUGGAGGACAAAGAUCAUUGGUGGCCUUAUCCUUGAUAUUAGCCAUGCUCCUCUUCAGGCCUGCCCCAGUUUACAUCUUGGAUGAAGUGGAUGCAGCCCUUGAUCUGUCUCAUACCCAGAAUAUUGGGCAGAUGCUUCAAACUCAUUUCAGACACUCCCAGUUUAUUGUGGUGUCCUUGAAGGAUGGAAUGUUCAACAAUGCAAAUGUCCUCUACAAGACCAGGUUUGUGGAUGGUGUAUCCACUAUUGCAAGAUACAGUCAGACUCAAAGUAGGAAAAAAAGAGACUGCCUGCAAGAAACCUCAAAAAAAAAAAAAUUUAUGGAGAACAGUAUGCUGAGAAGCAUUGGACCUGCAGAGCUGGGAAGCACUGGUCUUGUACAAGUCUAGUAACAAGUUAAAUGUUCCCUGUUGCUUCCUUAUGUUUUUAUAAUGUGUUUUAAUGUGUUAGUUCAUAUCUGCAUUCUAUUAAGAACUGAAAUUCAUACAAAAUAGUCUGUAACAGCCUGUUCUAUUAAGUAAGCUGGACAAUUUUGAUCUUUAUGGUGUGCCAUAAUUCCUGUCAUUCCUCUGUAACAUUUACACAAAAAUGUAUAUAAGCAGUAGCUUUGUAAACUUAAAGCCUUUAGAUGAGGAAAAGCUGAUUCAACUACCAGUGUUCUAUUCAGAAGACCUAUUGCAAAGUGUAGUAACAGUCUUCCUUGCCUGUUGUCAAAUUCCACAGAAAAGUGUCAUUGGUAUGUAAUUGUUUGUUAGGGAGAAAAGCAGUCCUCAACAACUAAUUCCCAAGCUGUUUUUACAAUUUUUAGUUGUUUUUAUUAAAGAUAAAAUAUAACACAA